AUGAAAAAUAAUUUGGUCAACGAUCCUUCUGAUACCCCCUUUUUCAAUAAGUACCAAAAUGUUCAAAGUAAAGUCAACUACCCUAUUUUCGAGACACAAGAAGAGAGGUUGACCAGUGAAAUAAUCAAUGAUUUGGUGAAUGAUGAAAAUCUACUAAAUGAUUCCGAUUUGUCGGAUUCAUAUGACCCAUUAGAAGAGUUACUCUUGUUGACCCCUUCAACUUCUUCUUACUCUAUGCACGCAAAUGACCAGUUUCUAGAUUUUGACAACCCCUUGAAUCAACCACUACCUCCUUCUGAUCCUUUAUGGACAACGUCUUCGUAUCUCCCUCCUCAUUCUACAGAGCCGUUGCUGGAAGAGUCGUCGACAAUUUCCAACAUUUUAUAUAACAACAAGAUGAAGGAACAGCUGAGAAAAAAGAGAAAUUCCUCUACAGAUUUAACCUCAAAUUUGAAGAACAGAUACUCUGGUAGCUUACAUUCACAUUCAAAUUCCUCUCUAAAUCUGAACAAACCACAGAGAAUCACCAAACCUGUUUCUCCAGAGUCAAAACGUUCAAACCAAACUAUCAACAGAUUCAGAUCACAGUCUGUUAGUGCAGUACCUUUGCUAACCCCUUUACCUUCCUUCAAUUCGACAUCAUCCUCAUUUUCUUCAACCUCCUCUCCCUCUCUGAAAAUACAAAAGGAUAGAGUUGGAAGCAUAUCUCCAAACACAAAAGCUACAAAUCCGUUUUAUCACCCUCCAGCAAUUCUCAAAAGAUUGAGUAAUUCAGAAUAA